AAACUGACUGCACAAAACUAGAGCUGCCUUUUGAAAGGAUUCUUGAGAAGGCAGAGACUGCUGGCAAGAGAAAAGAAUGGCUGAAGAAAGUAACAGUUUACUGCAACAAAUUAAUAAGCUAUUUGAUGAGAAUAAAGACAACAAGGAUGAAGAGCUUUUUGUUACUUUCAAAGGAGUUUUAUAUCCUAAUCGCCUUUGUAGUGCAGAAACUUUUGAAGCCCUGGAAACUAUGGAAGCAAGAAAGGAUGAUAUGCUGGUCAUUGCUUAUCCCAAAUGUGGUACCAACUGGGUAUUUCAAAUUCUAACUGAAAUGGUAGCUGCAAUUUCUAGUAAUAAGGAGUUAUCACUACCAAAACACCACUUAUUGCUUGAAUUUGGAGGCCCAGAAAAAUUCCUGAAAAUGAAAGAACAACCAUCUCCCCGUUAUUUUGUAACUCAUCUCCAUUAUGAUAACAUUCCAAAAUCCUUUCUGGAGAACAAAGUGAAGAUGCUAGUGGUAUUUCGAAAUCCCAAAGAUACAGCUACAUCCUAUUAUCAUUUUUGCAACAAAAAUCCUUUGCUUCCUAAUGCCAGUUCCUGGGAUGAUUUCUUUCAAAAGUUUAUGAAUGGUGAAGUGGCGUGGAAUUCCUACUUUGACCAUGCUCUUGCUUGGGACAAAUAUAUGGAUGAAGAAAAUAUAAUGAUAAUCACUUAUGAAGAACUGAAAGAAAACUUUCUGGAAGGAGUCAAACAAAUUGCUGACUUUUAUCAAUUCCCUCUCUCUGAUGAGAUGAUUAAGUCUGUUGCAGAUAGUGCUACUUUUCAAGAAAUGAGCAGGAAAUAUCCAGAAGUUGUGGGUCAAUUUGCUUCUGUUCUUUUCAGAAAAGGUGAAGUGGGCGAUUGGAGAACUUUGUUCACUGAAGCUCAGAGCAAAGAAAUGGAUGCAAAAUUUGAAGCAUGUUUAGCUGGGACUAAACUGGGUGCAAAACUAAAAUAUGAUAAAUAUUGCAAAUUUUAAGAUAUGUACUUUCAAAAUAAAUUGGGUUUUAGUUAUACCUUUUUUAAAUGAGAAAUUAAAUUAAUAAAC